UCAGGCUGGGUGAAUGUGUUUGACUCAACAUCUAAACAAAAUACAACAAAUAAAGUCUGAACAUUGAAAAACAGCAAGCAACUCAAAUUCACAACCAGAUUUGUGUGUGCGUGUGUGUGUGUGUGUCUCUGUAUGUGUGUGUGUGUGUGAGUGCAGCAAGAGGCACCCACUCACCACAUAACACCCAGCGAGUGGCAAGAGAGAGAGAGAGAGAGAGAGAAAAAACAUCAUUCCUUUGGAUAGAACUUUGGCUUGGCUCUAGCUCGACUGGACUCGACUUGACUUGAAGAUGGUUAUCAAUCUGAAUCCAACAACCUUGACCAAUGCGAAUGGCAGCAGCAGUCCGAUGGCGAUAAUCAGCCAUGCGGUGAUCGAUGAGAUUGUCUACAUGCAUGUCGUCUGUCCCGGCGACGAGAUCUCCAAAUGGGUAACGCUCGAGGAGGCGUUGGGCUUGUGUCCCUCGGCUGUCAUCGCAUACACGCAGCUGACGUUCACCCACAUCUUUGGUCCGCCCGUUGAUGUCGAUGUCGAGGAUCAGGAGGAGGAGCCGCAGCUGUAUGAUUGAAAGACGGUCUCGGAACACACGAGUGAGAGGAGCACGUUGAUUUUCCAUUCAUCCAACCAACCAGCCAACCGCUCACACACACAAUCCACCAACAAUACGACAAUUCAACCAGACGAAGAAGUACAAAAAUGAAAAACGCAACCAAAACAAAAAAAAAAACAAAAAUCGAGAAAAAAAAGACAAUAGUUUCCAAAACAAACGUAAGGAAGAAAAAAACAGUCAUUCCCAUUUGCCCUAAAACAUAACCCUGUCCUACUUCCCACUUCCUAGAUCCCUUUUCCCUUUUCCCUUUCCCCAUUUCCAUUCCCCGAUUUCCUUCCUUUAAAUCCCUUCCACUCCCUUUCCCUUCCACCAUUUUGGGCUCUUUCCUUGCAUUUCGCUCUCUUGUCAAAUUUUUCAAAUUCAUAGUUCAAGCUUUCAAUUUUGCGAACACUAAAAACACAACACCGACGAUGAUCACGAUUGUUUCGAUAUUAAAUUUCGCAUGUACAUUUGUAUUCCAACAAAAUAUAUAAUGUACAUUCACUGUUGAGCCACU